ACACUUAGUCUUCCUCUUCCUGUGAUUAUUCAACGAGUAGACUGCAAUUCUGCAGAAUUUUAAAAAUAUAAAUUUAUUAAACAGGAUGGCUCUCAGGUUAUUUUCGAAAGUUAAGGUGAUCCCGGAUCUUCGAAAUGCUGCUUUUGCCAGCUCAGCAGCAGCGCCUGCUGAACUGUCCGAUUUUGAUAUGCAGCAUAAGACCCCAGUUAUUCGUAAGCAGCAAUUGAUCCCAAAGGCUCAUUACGGGGGUCGUCAUGCUGUUACCAUGCUUCCAGGAGGAGGAAUUGGCCCCGAAUGUAUGGGUUACGUACGUGAUAUUUUUAAGUAUAUUGGAGCCCCUGUUGACUUUGAAGUGGUAGAUAUUGACCCAACCAUGGACAAUGAUGAUGAUGUUCAAUAUGCUAUUACAACCAUUAAAAGAAAUGGUGUAGGUCUUAAGGGCAACAUUGAGACAAAAAGUGAGGCUGCCUAUGUGACAUCACGCAAUGUCGCACUCCGAAAUGAGUUAGAUAUGUAUGCAUAUGUUCUUCACUGCAAGUCUUUUAUUGGGGUGCCAACCAGACAUAAGGAUAUUGAUAUUCAUAUUAUCAGGCAAAACACAGAAGGUGAAUAUGCAAUGUUGGAACAUGAGUCAGUUAGAGGUGUUAUUGAAUCUAUGAAAGUAGUGACAGCCAGUAACUCAGAAAGGGUUGCAAGGUUCGCAUUUGAAUUUGCCAAGAAAAAUGGCAGAAAGAAGGUUACAACUGUCCACAAAGCCAAUAUUAUGAAGUUAUCUGACGGGCUCUUUUUGGAGACAUCGAGGCGUAUGGCAGAAGAAUACCCAGAGAUUGAACAUAAUGACAUGAUUAUUGACAAUUGCUGUAUGCAGCUUGUGGCUAAACCUCACCAAUUCGAUGUGAUGUUAAUGACAAACCUCUACGGGUCUAUUGUGUCUAACGUGGUGUGUGGUCUUCUGGGCGGGGCCGGUCUACUCUCAGGGAGGAACUAUGGCGAUCACUAUGCGGUAUUCGAACCUGGCACUAGGAACACUGGCACAGCAAUUGCCGGCAAAAACAUCGCGAACCCAAUCGCAAUGAUCAACGCAUCUGUCGACAUGCUUGAGCAUUUGGGACAUCACUUCCACGCUGGUUUACUGCGUAGGGCUCUCAAUAAGACAGUAAAUAUCGACAGGGUGUUGACACCAGAUGUCGGUGGCAGCAAUUCUUCUUCGGAGGUUGUGGAUUCGAUUAUAGGUAACAUUGGAAAGUCUUAAGUUGGUAGACGUUGUUUGACGCGGCGAUAUUGUAAUUAAAUCUUAAUUUUUUGUUUGGUUUGCAAAGUGGAUUCUUUAAUUAAGGAAUCGCUUAUGAAUUUAAACAAAUGGAAAUGUAUAUUCAAUUAGAAAUCAGGUUUGUAAAUAAAAUAAUUUUUAUCAAAAAUAAUGUCUUUGAAAAUAAAUUUUCAUUUGAGUUUUCGCUGCGUUCAAAUGUAAUUUCCCAAUUUGCACAACAUUUAUUAAAGUGUGUAAAAUAUAUUCUAGUAAAUUUUCACGAAUCUAAAUUA